CAACCAAUGAUUAUUGUCGUUGCAAAGGAAGUUCGCUAUACUAGCCAAGAUGGCGGAAGACUUUAGAACUGCAAGACCAAAAGAUUAUUUCAGAAAAUUUCUGGAACAGGAAGUCCGGCCAGAUGGUAGAGAGUUGGGGGAGGCACGCACAACUGUUAUUAACAUUGGAUGUUUGACAACUGCUAAUGGAUCAGCAUUGGUUAAAGUAGGAAAUACAAUGGUGAUGUGUGGGAUCAAAGCUGAAUUGGCAAAACCAAGAACAGAGGAACCUUCCAAGGGAUUUAUAGUGCCCAAUGUAGAGUUAUCUCCCAUGUGCUCCCCACAGUUUCGCCCUGGACCUCCUGGGGAACAGGCCCAAGUCCUGAGUCAGUUCAUGCUGGAGGUCAUUCAAAACUCAGAUUGUGUUAACCUUAAUGAACUACGUGUAGAGCCUGGCAAGUAUGUAUGGACCCUAUACUGUGAUAUAGUGUGUUUGGAUUAUGACGGGAACGUCACAGAUGCCUGUCUUCUAGCAAUACUUGCAGCUCUAAAAAACACUACCUUACCUGAGGUGGUACUAAAUAAGGAUACAGACAAAAUAGAUGCUUUUCCCGAUCGACUCUCAGCACUCCAACUACAAUCAAGUCCUGUGUCCUCAACAUACGCAAUCUUCAAUAAUGAGAUUCUCUUUGUGGAUCCAACUGCUGAAGAGGAAAACUUGGCAACAGGACAAGUCACUGUAGUCACAACAAACGAUAAACUCUGUAUGGUUUAUAAGCCAGGUGGUACCCCUCUAACAGAUCAGCAGCUGUCCAUGUGUAUCAAAAAAGCCUUCAGUAGAACUCGUGACAUUUUAAGACUUAUAGACGACACAGUGUCUAGUGUAGAGAGGUAGUACUAAAUAAAUAAUGAAAGGGA